CUAGAGCAGCUUGGAAGCCAAUCGAGUACACGGCACUUGAACAGUAUUCGAAUCUCAAUUGAUUUGAUUGGCUMGUGUACAAUCUCCAUUGUUAACAAUGUCACCGGAAAAACAAACAUGAAACAAAGACCCCUAGAAAACAGUUGUCCGUAAAGUCUAYGCGUUUCGCGGAGUUAGCAACGCUUUUAAUUCCUGUAAAAAAWUAGUUUAACUUCAAGGGAAAUGUAGGAGAGAUUAUGUGGGGUUUUUCUUUUGCCCUUGCUGUGUUUACGAUGUGGCUUUGCUCGUCAAACGCCACUUUCAAUCUUUACAUGAAUCAAACAGAAGCCAAGCGAGUGUUAGGCGUCAAUGGAAGAGUUUACUUUAUUCGUAGUGGUGCGGUKAUGAAAAAUGCUGUGAAAUACAACAUGCGGGUCCCUUCGACCAUUAACUGCUUGGGAUUCACGUGGUACAGAGAAACAACUUCGCCUGUAAGUUACUCGCUUGAUAUUGAGACACUUAGUCCUAAACUCCUGCAUAAACCAGCUAUAAAUAUCGAUACAAAAGGCCAAGUUCCCAUGGAAAGACGAAAAGGGUUUUGUGUCAAGAUGAAAUGUAAAGGUGACUUGGAAGGAACAGCAAUUGUACAAAUGAACAUGACCUUUUUGGACCUCAGCAGCAGAUUUUUACACCUAAGCAUUAAAAGAUUAAAGACAUGUAGAAAAGUUCUACCCAUAGUUGCCCCUCCAUCAGAGAAAGACAAAUCCAAGACAGAUGUCAAGAAAUCCUUCUCUACCUCGGAGAAGACCAAAGUGUUUUACAUUGCUGUAGGAGUAGCAUGUAGCAUUAUUUUUAUCAUUGCUUUAGCAGUGGCUGCAAUACAUGUACACUCAAUGCCUUCUACAAAUAARGACGGAACAAGUGUUUCUGAUGGAAGUAUUCAAGGACGUGCCAACAUGAAGACAGGAAAAUCAGCAGAYGAAAGCACAGUACAUACAACACUACUUGACCAACCAACACAAGUAGUCCUUCCACCCAUGCAGCAAUUAAAUGUCAAUUAUAAACCAAACUAUACCCACCCARCCAACAAACCACGGGCCAAUCACAUUCCAGUACAAGUCCAAGUCAAUCAAUCACACAUGAAUAACUUAGCACCACCCAGAACCAGGUACAUGGCUGUCCAGGCAGGUCUAGGAAGUCACCUUGGUAAUGGUGAUAUACCAAGCGCAACCAGUCGUACACAGUCGAUAUCAUCCAGUGUCAUGGGCCCACAGAGAAAUGCUUCAGAGAGUAGUGCACCAACUGAAGUAUACCCCUAUGCGGGUGGGUUGACRAGUACCCARAGAGGAAAGUAUGGMAAUAGGGACAUCAAGACUGAGUUGAAGAGCCUGGAUGUUGACCUGGAUAGAAUAACAUUAGGAGAAUUAUUAUAUGAAGGCACAUUCGCAAGGAUAUACGAAGGAGUACUCACAGGACCAGACGCCGAUGAGCUCAAGCAACAAAGUGUCUUAGUCAAGACAGUAUCAGAGAUCGCAUCAGCACAACAAGUCAAUCUUAUGUUGAUAGARUCAUCAAUGCURCGAGAUUUAACACACAAAAACCUUCUUCCUAUAAUGAGCGUGUGUCUUGAAGAUGAAAAGCAGCCAUUAGUYAUGUUUCCAUUUAUGAACAGAGGAAACUUAAAACUUUUCUUGAAGAAAUCRAGAUCACCAGAAGGCAUGUCAAAGUCCAUCACAACGGCCGAUCUCGUUCAUGUUGGUAUACAAAUAGCUAAAGGAAUGCAAUAUCUUGCUCGACGAAAAAUUGUACAUAAAGACUUGGCAGCGCGGAAUUGCUUUCUUGACGAUGAACUAAACGUCAAAGUAACAGACUGUGCGUUAUCACGUGAUCUCUUCCCUAACGAUUACUGUUGCUUAUGUGAUAACGAGAAUAGACCUGUCAAAUGGAUGGCCGUCGAAAGCCUGGAACACAAUCGCUAUUCAGUAUCUAGUGAUGUGUGGGCCUAUGGAGUCUUACUAUGGGAACUAAUGACAUUAGCUCAGCAACCGUACGCCAACAUAGACGCUUUCGAAAUGUUGAAUUUUCUSAAGAAGGGUCAUCGAAUAGCACAACCGUUGAACUGUCCAGAUGAACUKUUCACUGUUAUUGCAUGUUGCUGGGCGUUGUCCGAAGACGAACGACCGAAUUUUGGACAGCUGAUAGCGUGCCUUACAGAAUUUAAUAAUGCUUUAAGCAAUUUUGUGUGAUAAUGGCUGAAACACGAAUGACACUCGAUAGGUAUCAAACCGUUUCCAGAGAUUGAUUGGAAACGCCUGUAUAGUUCCUGGAUCGAAAAAUGCUGUAUUUCCUGGACGUACAACCGAGUUCGAACAGUUUUUAUCUUGUCUUAUACAGAAUUUGAUAAUGUGUUGAGCAUUUUUAUUUGAUAGUAGAGAUGGAAKUGAGUGUACACCAAGGUUUCAAAGUCUUUCCAGAAUUUGUUUGGAAACCGACUGCACUUCCUGGACGAACGACUAAGCUAAUUGUCUGUACUAAUUGGCUAGUAAUUGGCUGUACAAAUUAACCAAUGCAAGAAUGGUGCAAUUCAUAUUGAACGAAAAUUGUUCAGAUAUUGAUGGMUUGGAUUCGCAUUGGAAGAAAACGUUUGAAGUAUCUCACAUYUGUUUGUAUUCGACCAUGCUUGGAGAUGGGACAAUAUUGCUGUUACUAUGGAUACCUAGAGAAUCGAUCAAAAGGCUGUAGUUCAAGURCUAGAGCUUUUGUAACCAACUACAAGGACCAAGUCAUCUUCCAAACACAUUUAUUAUUUGGAUUUGACUGUUGGUUAUGAUAUAAAGAAUUAUUAAGACACUGUUGGCUUGUUGAGAACUAAAAAUGAUCCCUGCGAUCUAUACUAAAGUCUCCCAUUUAGAACUUCAUUGACUGAAGAAAAGUGACUUUUUACGUGGUUGACAUGAUGGCUUACCUACUUUUAAGUUUUAGCUGAAUAGGAAUGAAUUCGGUGUAACCAACARCCGACAUCGUGAAUGACAAAGUGACAGAUGUUGUCGAUAAUCUUCAAAAAACUGCUCUGAAUUUCCAUCUUUGUGGACAACUGGUAGACAGCUAAUUAGCUUUAAAUGAACUGAAACUGAAUGGACAUGAAUAAAGAAUUGCACACGUGAUGGACCGUCAUUUGUAGUAAUAACAUUGCAGUCGGUUUUAUUUUCUAUAGAAAUAAUUUUYCUCUUGAUCAGUCGGAGUUACCACUGGACGGUAAUUCCAAGUCAUUUCAAGUCAGUGUGAAAUUAGGUAAAUGAAGAUAGAAGGGAAUAGGGAUGAAUKAAUUUUAAUUCACAUUUCCUUUUUUUCUAAAUUGUGAAUUGAACGGAAUGAUUAAGAAAGAAAGAAAAUUGAAAGAGAAAACAAGCRGAARGCAUUCUCAAUGGAAAUKGGAGCUUGUUUUUAUCUCUUUGCCAGAURUUUCRUUCAAAAGGUCGAACARUCCUGUGUGACAUCUAUGUCGAUCAUGUCGGCUUUACAUGUCAAGGAAUGUUAUUAAGUUCCUGCGGGGUUUUCUUUUUUUCUCUUGCGGGGUUUAAAGGAAGACAUUUAUAAUUAUACAGCAUAAUUUUCUAUUUUCAUGAGAAAGGAGAACGACAUAAUUGCUUGGACGUGUAAAAAAGCUUUGAAGUUUCCACGAAGACCAGUGGAAUCUUGUGUAAAAUCAUUUUUUGCAAGCAYUGCGCAUGUGCGAAUAGAUGAUAUUAGUAUUCUAUUUAUAGAUAUUACAACGUUACAAAUAAUGAUGAAUGAAUGUUAUUGUGUACAUAGUGUUGUAUAUUUACURGUUAUACACGCGGCGAAUAAAGGCAAAGACUGUUAGAUUUAUGACAUAAA